UAUAAAGGCGAGAUGAUCUCGAGUCACUCGUUUUCUUGGUUUCUGUUCGACCGGAGUCCAGCAUCUAUUCCAGCCAACAAACAAGAUGAAGUCCUCAAUCCUCGCCGGCAUCUUCGCCACGGGCGCCGUUGCCCAGAGCGGAGCCUGGGGGCAAUGCGGUGGUAAUGGAUGGCAAGGGUCGACUACGUGCGUGUCUGGCUAUCACUGCGCUUACCAAAACGACUGGUACAGCCAGUGCCUGCCCGGUGGUGGUGCGUCGACAACGUUGAAGACGUCGACCACGGCCAAACCCAGCGCCACCACCUCUGCGCCUCCUUCUACCAGCACGUCGCCAAACACGGGCAAGUUCAAGUGGUUCGGUAUCAACCAGUCCUGCGCCGAGUUCGGCCACGACACUCUCCCCGGCAUCUGGGGCAAGCACUUCACUUUCCCGUCGUCUACGACGAUCCAGACGCUCAUCAAUGACGGAUACAACACCUUCCGCGUGGCCUUCUCCAUGGAGCGCCUCGUGCACGACGACAUGACCUCGGCCUUCGACGCCGGCUACCUCCGCAACCUGACGGAGACGGUCGACUUCAUCACCAACGCGGGCGCGUACGCGGUCCUGGACCCGCACAACUAUGGCCGGUACUACGGCAACAUCAUUACCAACACCAACGCCUUCAGCACCUUCUGGACCAACCUCGCGACCAAGUUUGCGUCCAACUCGCGCGUCAUCUUCGACACCAACAACGAGUACAACACGAUGGACCAGACGCUGGUGCUCAACCUCAACCAGGCGGCCAUCGACGGCAUCCGCGCGGCGGGGGCCAAGCAGCACAUCUUCGUCGAGGGCAACGCGUGGUCGGGGGCGUGGAGCUGGAACACGACCAACACCAACAUGGCGGCGCUGACGGACCCGGAGGGCAAGCUCGUGUACGAGAUGCACCAGUACCUGGACGCCGACAGCUCCGGCACCAGCCCGGACUGCGUCAGCGCCCAGAUCGGCGUCCAGCGCGUCGUCGGCGCCACCAGCUGGCUCCGCGCCAACGGCAAGGUCGGCAUCAUCGGCGAGUUCGCCGGCGGGCCCAACGCCGUCUGCCAGAGCGCCGUCACCGGCCUCCUCGACCACCUCAAGGCCAACAGCGACGUCUGGAUGGGCGCGCUCUGGUGGGCUGCCGGUCCCUGGUGGGCCGAGUACAUGUACUCGUUUGGUUAGUAUUUUUUUUUCUUUUCUUUUUCUUUCUUUUGGUCAACCCAGCCGUUGGGCGAUUUUAGGUAGCCUCCUGAAUCCCGGAGGUUCGGUCAUCCCAAACGACGACCUUGGGAGAAUGUGGCAUCCCACCCCCCAACAACUUUUCCCCAACAACUUUGAGCAGGCAGUCGCCUCGUGGAAGACACUUUCUAACGCAGCUUACAGAGCCUCCUACGGGCACCGGGUACACCAACUACAACUCGAUCCUGAAGAAGUACACUCCUUAAGGGGGUACAAGUAUUCUGAGG